AUGCCGCAUUCAGGUGAACACUCUAUGUGGAGGAAAAAGAGGGCUAGGCCAGCUUUCUGUGGACCCCUUCAGGUGUGGAGCUCUGUUGUACAGCUGCUCAUCAAACACCCAGAAUGGAUGGAUGCCAAAAUGAAGUUCUUCCUCUCCAACAUGGAGUUGGGUUUCAGGGAGGAGGACGUGGAGCCUACCCAGAGGGUCAUCCUCCAGCUGCAGAAGUUAUAUGACCAGGGCCCGGACACCUGGCAGGGUUUCAUUAACUGUGUGUGCAUGGAGCUUGAGGUGCCACUGGAACAUGAGGUGAUGCUCAUGAGCACCUGGGGAAACAAGGAUGGUAAGGUCAGGACCAUGGGGGCUGAGGAAGAGAAUCGAACUGAAUCUCAGCCCCAUGCUGAUUACAAGUGUCCCCAACAGAACUUUGAGGAAUCGCCUCCCAGGAAGAGGAGCAGGAAACAGCAGAUAGAGUUGGCCAGAAAGUACCUGCAGCAGCUGAGGACCUUUACCCAGCAGCGCUAUAAAAGUGGGAUUCCUGGACCAGGGCUGGCCCCUGCCCCCCACCAGGUUUACAUCCCCCCGAUCCUGCAAUGGAGCCGGACCAUCUUGCCCUUGGAGUCUCAGGAAGCGACUGCUCCGGGGGUUCUUCAGAUGGAAGAUAGUCCCUAUGGGAGUCUGCAGGACCUCUUCCCCCCGAGGUCCAGCAAGGGGCCAAGGGUGACGGUGGUGCUGGGCCAGGCGGGCAUGGGCAAGAGCACUCUGACCCAGCGGCUUUGCCAGAAGUGGGCUGACAGGCAGCUGGAGCGCUUCCAGGCCGUGUUCCUGUUUGAAUUCCGCCUGCUCAACCUCUUCCGUGGUUCGCUGACGCUGCGCCAGCUCCUCUUUGACUUGUACCUGAGGCCUGAGGCAGGCCCCGACGAGGUGCUGCAAUACCUGGAGGAGAAUGCAGAGUCGGUGCUGCUCAUCUUUGACGGGCUGGAGGAGGCCUUGCAGCCUGACUCAGGCCACGAGCCUGUGGGACUCUCCCUCUUCUCAAAUCUCUGUCAUGGGACCCUCCUGCCUGGCUGCCAGGUGAUCGCCACCUCACGCCCAGGAAAGCUGCCCACCUGCCUGCCCAAGGAAGCUGCCCUGGUCCACAUGUGGGGCUUCGACAGUCUACGAAUAGACCAGUAUGUGAGCCGCUUCUUCAGUGACCAGGUGACUCAGAAGGUGGCCCUGGCCAAGCUGCGGGCUAAUGGCAGUGUCCAGAAUUUGUGCACCAUCCCUGUCCUCUGCCAGGUCGCCUGCCUCUGCCUCCAGCACCAGCUCCUAAGUUUACCUGGGGACCAGGCGGUGACCCUUCCACCCACAGUGACUCAAUUGUACCUGCAACUGCUGCUCACGCUUAUCCCUCACAGGGCCCUGCAUGUUCAUUCCCUCCUGGGCCUUGGGGAGCUGGCCCUGCGGGGUCUGGAGGAGGGGAAGGUCAUCUUCUUUGCCAGAGACAUCCCUAUGACCUUUGGGCUGGACCAUGUGCUGGACCAUAGACUGAUGACCUCUUGCUGUGUGUGCACAGGCCCGGGGUGCUUGGAGAGGGGUUACACCUUCACACACCUCAGCCUGCAGGGAUUCUUUGCCGCCCUGUACCUGAUGGUCAGUGCCAAGGUGGACAAAGACACGCUUGCCCACCAUGUCACCCUCUGCUCCCGCUGGUUGCGGCGGACCCUUUCCAUGCCGAGCCUCCUAGAUGCCCUCCCCAUCUUCCUGGCAGGCCUGGCCUCCAGUUCCUGCCUGCCCUUCCUCAGCCACUUGGCUCAGAGGGAUGAGGCAUGGCUGGGGGACAGGCAGGCGGCUGUGGUGCAGGAGCUAAAGAAAUUGGUCCCCCGCAAACUCACGGGCCCAAAGGUGGUGGAGCUGUGCCGCUGUGUGUGGGAGACCCAGGAGCCAGAGCUGGCCAGCUUCAGCAGCCGAAACCUUCCACCUCAUCUAUCUUUUCACAAUUUCCCACUGACCUGCGUUGACCUGGCUGCCAUAACCAGUGUUCUGGGACACAGGGAGGAACCCAUUCACCUGGAAUUUGAGGGCUGCCCACUGGAACCCUGCAGCCCUGAUGCCCUAGCAGACUGUGGGCAGAUAGAGAGUCUGAGAUUUCAGAGCAAGAAGUGUGGUGACACCUUCGCAGCAGCCUUCUCCAGGAGUUUGCCGACCAUGGGGAAUCUGAAGAAGCUAUGGCUGGCAGGAAGUCAGAUCACUGCCCAGGGUAUCAGCUGUCUGAAGGAUGCUCUACUCCUUUGUCCACAGUUGGAAGAGAUCUGCUUUCAGGACAACCAGCUGCAGGACCAGGAAGUUCUAGACAUGGCGGAGGUUCUCCUGCGUUUGCCAUGCCUCCAGAAGCUCGACCUGAGCCGCAAUGAUGUCUCAGUGGUGACCCUACUCCGCUUGACAAAGAUGGCGGUCAUGUCCCCUGCCAUCAGGAUGCUGCAAGCCAGGGAGGCGAACCUCGUCUUUUUUCUCUCCCCGACCACAGAGACAGCUACAGAGCCUCAAGGAGCUUCAGACCUAGAGAGAAAUGCCAGCCAGAAGAAAAAGACCCAACACAGAAGCCUGAGUCUCAGGCUCCAGAAGUGUCAGCUUAGAGCCCGAGAUGUGAAGAUCCUCAUUGCCUAUCUCCAGGAGGCCCCGUGCCUCGAGGAAGUGGACCUCUCAGAGAACCAUCUGGAAGAUGAAGGCUGCCAACUGAUGGCAGAAGCUGCAGCUCGGUUGCACAUCACUGGGAAGCUGGACCUUAGCAACAACUCACUCUCCAUGUCGGGUCUACACUACAUGCUGCGAGCGGCCAGUGGGUGCCAAAUGCUGGUGGAGCUGUACAUCAGCCUUCUGCACAGUGCUGUGGUCUUCUCCUUUGCACCAAAGCUGAAAGAGUCAACAGGACCCCAGAAACGGUAGGAAUUUCUCUACAGUCCCCAGAUACAGUCUGAGCUGCCUACCUGCACCCGAAAAAUCAGGCUGACACACUGUGACCUGCAGGCCAAGCACCUGGAGCAACUGUGCAAGGAGCUGGAAACAAGCGGCUGCUGGGGUGAUCUGGACUUUUCUAGCAACUCUCUGGGAGACAAAGGUGCUGCCCAGCUGGCUCAUCUGCUCCCAGCUCUAGGGCCCCUUCGGUCUGUGGAUCUCAGCAGGAACGGCAUGUCACUGAAAGCUGUGUUUUUAUUGGCUCAGUGUUUCUCUAUUCUGCAGUGGCCUGUCCUCCUGGACAUCCGCCUUGGGGAAUGUCAGCUGGAGCCCUGGAGCCUGCGCCACCUUUGUGACUCGCUGAAAUCAUGUCCAGGGCCCCUGGAACUCAGAUUCUCCUGCAGCAGCCUGAGCACCCAGAGCCUGGAGAAGCUGCUGCACUGCCUGCCCAGGCUGCCCCAGCUCUGCCUGCUGCGACUGAGCCAGGAAGAGAGACUAUUGCCACAGAGCCUCUUCCUGCUGGCCAGCUUCUUCAGCCAAUGCCCACGAGUCCAGAAGGUGGAUCUAAGGUCCCUGCAGCACUUGACUUUGCACUUCCGGUCCAGUGAGGAGCAGGAAGGCGGGAGCUAUGGGCGGUUCACAGACUGUGGCCUCAGCCAGGAGCAUGUGGAAAAGCUGUGCAGGUUGCUGAGCAAUUGUGAGGACCUCAGGCAGCUGGACCUCUCUGCAAACCAGCUAGGGGACGGUGGGCUCAGAACCCUCCUGGAGUACCUGCCCCAGCUGCCACUUUCAGGUUCACUGGAUCUCAGCCGUAACAGAUUCACACAAGAAGCUGCCCUGGACCUGGUGGAUGUGCUACCUGUCUGCCUGAGAGUGCGGGAGGCCUCAGUGAGCAUGGACUCUGAGCAAAGAUUCCAGAUCCACUUCAGCCCAAGAGAGGAGGCUGGGAAGACAGUGAGGUUGAGCCAAUGCAGCUUCAGACCAGAGCAUGUGCCCAGACUGGCCACCAGCCUGAGGCAGGCCCUACAGCUGAUAGAUAUCACGCUGACUAACUGUAACCUGUGUCCAGAGCAGCUGGCCUUGCUCCUGCACCUGUUGAAGCCACAGACACCACUGAGACUCAGGGUGAUGGAGCCGUGGGUGGGCAGAGCUCAGGUGCCCAUCUUGCUAGACACCUGUGCCCAGGCUUCAGGCAACAUCACCGAAAUAAGCCUCGCCAUGCCCCUGCAGCAGCUCUGCAUUCAGCUGCAUUUUCCCUGCCAAGGAGACCCUGAGGCUGCAGCCCUUAGGUCAUCAACUCAUGGUGAGCCUGAAACUCAUCACAGCCUCCUUGCACAACAGCUGCUGAACACAUGUUCCAAGUUGCAGCAGCUCAGUUUGUUGCAGGUGACGCUCUGUGAAGCUGGUUCCCGGCUACUACAAAGCCUACUGACAGCCUCAGGGAUAAGGAAGUUCCGGUUGACCUCAAGCUCCAUGUUCUCCGGAGACCUGGCCCCUCUAGUAUCUGCUCUGAGCUGCUGCUCCCACCUGGAGGAGUUGGACAUGUCCAACAAUAAAUUUGAUGAAGAAGACACACGGGUGCUACUCAUGGCCCUGAAGGACAUGUGCUGGCUGAGGAGGCUAGACCUCAGCUACCUGCCACUGGGCAGCUCCUCCCUGCCUGUGCUUACCCAGGGACUGAAUCACAUGACCUGCCUGCAGAGCCUCAGGCUGGGCGGAGCUGGCCUUGGUGACUCAGGCUGCUUGUCCCUGGCCGAGGCACUCAGAGCUGCCACCAGCUUGGAGGAACUGAGCUUGAGACAGAACCAGAUUGGAGACGAGGGUGCCCAGUACCUAGCUGCACUCCUGCCCAAGCUGAAGGAACUCAGGAAGAUGGACCUCUCAAAGAACAACUUGGGCCCAGUUGGCAGCUCCCAACUCAACUGCAAUGUCCUAGGAGAGUCCACAGCUCUGUUGCUGCCUCAGGGGCUGGCCUGGGGCCUGAGGGGCCUGCAUCUACAGUCCACAGGUCUGGGACCCAAGGUGCUGCUGAGCCUGGGCCAGGCCCUGGAUGGGCACCUCUGCUUGAAGAACAUCAGCUUGGCCCAGAACAGCCUGACUGGAAGUCUCUUGCUUCUCCACGAAGGGCUCCCGCUGCUCAGGCACAUAGACCUGAUAUCCUGUGAGAUUGAUGAUCGGACUGCACCAUCCCUUGCCGCCAGCUUUAAGCUCUGCCCAGCCCUGGAAGAAAUUAUAUUAUCUUGGAACCUGCUCAGGGAUCAGGUGGCUGAGGAGCUGGCCCAGGUCCUCCCGUUCAUGGUCCGGCUGAAGAAAGUGGACCUGGAAAAGAAUCAGAUCACAGCUCGAGGGGCCUGGAUUCUGGCUGAAGGGCUGGCACAGGGGUCUCAAGUGCAGAUCAUCCGCCUCUGGGGUAACCCCAUCCCCCCGAACAUGGCCCAGCGUCUGCAGAGCCAGGAGCCCAGGCUGAACUUUGCUUUCUUCGACAACCAGCCACAGACCUCUCAAGAUACCUGA